AUGCGCCCUUUUUCAUUCGGACCAAGCAGCGAGGUGCUCAUUUCGCGGCUGUACCGCCACGACGUCAAGCGGUCAGUGGCAGAUGUGUUCCGCGUACACGUAAUUUCAUCGCCAACCUCGGUGGUGCGCAGCCCGGUGACAACCCUGGGCAGCACAAGCUUCUUCCACAUCCGCUAUGACAACCUCUGGCUAUGCGCAGUGACCAAGAACAACUCGAGCGCAGCGCUGGUUUUCGAGUUCCUGUAUCGGCUCCUGGGACUGGGCGUGUCGUACUUCGGGCGGUUCGACGAGGAGGCUCUGCUCGACGAGGUGCUGGAUUUUGGGUACCCCCAGAACAUCGAAGUGGACACGCUCAAGCUGUAUGUGACGACGGAGAGCGUGCGGUCAAAGAACGUGGUGGAGGCACCGUUGCCGCAGAGCAUCACGAUGCAGGCGACGGGCGCGACGACGUGGCGCCGCAACGAUAUUGCGUACAAGAAGAACGAGGCCUUUGUUGAUGUUAUUGAGAGCGUCAAUUUGAUUCUGUCGGCCAAGGGCACUGUGCUGCGCGCCGACGUGCAGGGCCAGAUCGUCAUGCGCUCGUUCCUGUCAGGCAUGCCCGAGUGCAAGUUCGGUCUCAACGACAAGCUGGUGCUCGAGCGCGACUCGGCAACAGCAGCUGCCAGGGGCCUUUCUGCGUUGACGCCGGUGGCGCCGCGUGGGCUGGGGUCGCGCGCCGGCGGCAUGGGCGGCGUCGGCGACGGCGAGAGUGUCGAGAUUGCCGACUGCCAGUUCCACCAGUGCGUGCGGCUCGGGCGGUUCGACACGGACCGCACCAUCUCGUUCAUCCCGCCUGACGGCGAGUUCGAGCUCAUGCGGUACCGCACAACGGAAAACGUCAACCUGCCGUUCAAGGUGCUGCCUGUUGUGCGCGAGAUGGGCAAGACGCUCGUCGAGUACGAGGUGCUGAUAAAGUCAAACUUUAGCUCCAAGCUGUCGGCGACCAACAUGGUUGUGAGUAUCCCGACGCCUCCGAAUGCGACCAAGUGCCGCAUCAAGGUGUCGGGCGUCGGCAAGGCCAAGUACCACCCUGAAGAGAACGCCAUUGUCUGGCGAAUCUCGCGCUUCCAGGGCCUACAAGAGACGUCGCUGACUGCUGUCGUUGACCUGGCGCCCAUGGCCAAGCCUGUGCCGUGGUCGCGCCCGCCCAUUGCGUUGGACUUCCAGGUGCUCAUGUUCACGGCGUCGGGGCUGCUUGUGCGCUUCCUCAAGGUCUUUGAAAAGUCGAACUACCAGUCCGUCAAGUGGGUGCGGUACAUGACCAAGGCCGGCAGCUACGAGAUCCGGAUCUGA